AUGUCUGAUUAUGAGAUAAACGUGAUUUUUUCGAUAUGUCUUUCAGUAACGCUGUUGGCGCUUGGUGCAGAAUUCUACAGGCUUAUCAACGCUGUAUUUAAAGAGUUGAAAAACAACAGAGACAGAGCACUUGAAUGGCCUCAAACGCUCUCGACAAGAUGCAUUUACUUGAUUCAAGUGGAGUUUUGCUUUUUGAUCUCGUUGAUGGAAGGCGUCAACCUACUUUACUCCCUCAACGAUGUCGCCUAUGGAAAAGUUGAGUACAUAGAGGAUACUGCCGCUCCUGGAUUAUCCUUACCGUGCUUUUUGAUUGUGGCCGUAUUUUUCUUUUCUAUGUGUCAAGUCGGCUGCAUCAGAGCAUCACGGCCAUUAUCUAGAUUUCGUUCCGAGCGUGAGCUCAAGCCAGCACUUGACUUCUGCGUCUGGCUCAAUUUAUCGGAUUUACUUCAACUGUGGCUUCUAUAUUUCGGUAUUGAAAAAUUCAGCCGUAUUCCGUCUCCUAGACAUCUAACGACUUGUAUCCUUCUGAUGAGCCACGUGUACGCAGAGCUUUCCUAUGACUUCAAGUUUGCUGCAAAGCAAUUACACAGCUUGGCGAAAGAUCUUCAGAUUAUCUUUGCCUUGACGAUAGCUUCAAAUGUUUGUUUAUGUUUUCUUCACACAAUACGAUUUGGAGUACAGCUAGCAAAAUUCUUCACAAUAGACGAUUUCUCUCAAAUAGUUUCUACAACUUGCCAAAGCCAAAACGCUUACCGCUGCCUUUUCUGGUUCGACAAACUCCUUGUUGUCUUCACGGUCUUUGACCUGCUUUUUAUACUGAUUCUUGUCUACCAAAUGAAGAAAAUGGAACUCAGUCCAAAAUUACUCAACCCCGUGGUUUAUUUUGGACCGUCAGUUCCUCUUGGGGAAAUAACUCUGCGCGAAGAUCAAAAUGAGUAUCCCGCGAAAAUGUCUCUUGAACUCGAGGAAGACCAACCGAUGUAUUCCGACUCGCUUAGGCGCGCUGAAAAAUUCUUCAACUUAGCUUACGAAUGCUGCCAAUCUAACAAUCCAAAGGUGAUAAGAGAUAUUUUGGAGAGCAAUGGUGAUGACCUCGAUAUUGAAGCUCUUAUGAAAUGCGCUUCCCAGUGGGUAUCCGCGGAUGUUAUAGAUGUUCUCUACCCAAAAAUGCCUCGUUCUACAGAUCGAGAAGAUCACCUUCCACCAGUCGCUUACUUGGGACUCAACAACCAAAACGCCUCAUCAAUGUCUUUUAAACGAGUCCUGCUCCGCUUCCGGUCAUAUUUUUCGGAACCACUAGAUGAAGACGGGAACAAUCUUCUUCAUCUAUUCGCCGUCACAAACAGGAUCAAAGCAGCUGCAAUGCUGCUCGAGCUGGAUCCGUCCGUGAUACAUGGAAUCAACUAUAUGGGGCUAAGCUCGCUCGAUCUGGUGCCAAACGAAAACAUAGACAUGCGCAUUCUUCUCCUCAACAGCGGGGGUCUCCAUACAAUUCAUGGAAUCGCAAGGUUGGGAAACAUCGCUGCAGCAGAAGAUAUCAUUCAUGCAGAUAAAAGCGCUGUUUACAGUCUGAAUUCGUUUGGAGAGAGCGCCUGUCAUGUAGCGGCCAUCUUUGGACAGACAAAGAUGAUCCAACUUUUGAUUCACAGAGGCGCAAACAUCAACCAUCGAAAUGAUGAUGGUUGGACACCAUUAGAUGAAGCUUAUGCCUGUGGAAAUCACGACACUGCCAAACUGUUGCUAUCCCAUGGUGCUAGCGAUAGGAAAAUAAGACGUUCAACUGGGAGCAAGUCACAGUUCACCAGAUCUGGAACCCUCUAA